UUGCAGUUUUAAAUGAAGCAUGAGUUUACAGUUGUAUGUGCGUUGCUGAAAAAAGUGAUUUCUUAAAGUGAAACGAUUGGAAUAGAAUAUCUUGUGUUCGUUGCAUAAACAGCCGAUAGAGCUGACAAAGGAUUUUGUUGUAUUACGCCAUGUUUGUCGAUGUGAGAAAAGUACACCCGAUGUAUUGCAGUGUUCGUGCAAGAUGUCUGUGUUAAAAAAUUUAUAUGCGCAUUGAAACAAUACUCAUAUGCUUAUUCAAAGUAGCCCGACACUUAUUGUAACGUAUAAACGUUAAAGCGACAAGUAAAUCGCUUGAAUAUACGCAAAACGAUAUGUAGGAAUGCUACACGAUUUUUUUUAAAAGGCAAACAUUAGUAUUUUUAGCUACUUACAUAGAAGCUGAUUUAUUGUCAAUUAAUUGACAAACAUGUAUAAGUUCAAACCGUUUGUUUUCACGAUAAAUGAAACACAGAGUAAGAAACGGCCAAAGCCUAGAAGUGGACAUAGAAUAGUCUGUGAUCGUAAGAAUUUAUAUUCUUAUGGUGGUUUUAAUCCAUGCAUCCUUGACCGUGAUCCUGAUAUGAUAAAUGACCGUAUAUGGAGAUCUAGUAAACCACUUUUCAAGGAAAUUUGGAAAUUUAAUUUUGUUACACAAGAAUGGAAGCUUCUACCAGGUCGAGAUAAUAUGCCCAAUGAAUUAGCAUCUAAUGCUGUGAUUUUAAGGGGUAAUACCCUGAUGGUGCAUGGUGGAACUGGUGUACCAUUUGGACAUACCUGCAGUAAUCACCUUUAUAUGUAUGAUGUUAAUAGUGGUAAAAUAUACAAAGUGUCACCAAAGGGAGAUCUCCCUGAACCCCUAUAUGGACAAGCUUUAAUAUAUCAUGAAUUAUAUUUAUAUACUGUUGGUGGUACUACAGGAUACGAAUACACUUGUGAUAUUUAUAGAUUUGAUUUGAGGACUCAUUUUUGGGAAAGUGUUUAUAUAUGUUCUGGGAAAGAUCAAAGUGAACCUAUAGGAAGGUAUAGACACGAAUUAGCAUUCGAUGGAAAACUUAUAUAUGUGUUAGGAGGAGGAACAGCUACAGAUUCUUUUGGAUUUGCAGAAAUCCCUGCUUUUGAUUUAGAAACAAAGAAGUGGAUAGUAUUAAACACAUUUGGUGAUAAUAAUGAUAAUACAUUUCCUCAACCUAGGCGUUGCCAUGGUUCUGUACAAUAUACAGAUGACAAAACAGGAAUUACAUCGGUAGUAAUCUCAGGAGGGUAUAAUGGAGAUAACCACAUCUUCUCUGAUGUUUGGAGAUUAGAUUUGAAUCAUCUGCAAUGGACAUGUUUAAGGAAAUGUAGACUUCCACGUCCUGUAUACUUUCAUUCUGCAGCCCUUACCCCAGAAGGAUGCAUGUACACAUUUGGUGGUAUUAUUAAAGAAAAUGACAAGAUUGUAAGAACAGCUGCAGUAUAUUGUGUUUGGUUAACAAUCCCAAAAUUAUCAGAAAUGUGUUGGCAAGCAUUGAUUUAUUACUAUCCAGACAUAGGACAUAGAUCACAGGAUGAAUUACUUAACAUGGGUAUACCUCUAAAAUUUGUGCAAAGAGUCUUAUAA